AUGGCUUCAGAUUCUGACUCGGUCUUUGAGGACCGCUACCAGAGCGAGUCGGAUGCCUGGACACCCGAUGAGAAGCCCAAGCUGGUCGCCAAAAAGGCGACCGCGAAGCAACCAAAAAAAUUGGUACAGACUACCCUGACUGGCAGCAAAACGACCGGCAAGAAACGCCCCAAGCCGGCUGGCGACGACGAGGACGAUGACGGCAACUUCUCCAGCACCCCGCCGACCAGCAAAAAGGCCAAGAAGGCUCCCGCCAAAAAGGCUAAGGCGACCGGCAAGGCGCUGGCCGAGAUCGAGAACGAUAGCAUGCAGAUUGACGAUGCCGCUAGCGGGACUGCUGACGGCGAUGCCGCGCCCGCCGCGACGACUGGAAAGAAAAAGACGGCUACCGAGACAUACCAGAAGCUCACCCAGCUGGAGCAUAUCAUCCGCCGUCCCGACACCUACAUCGGCUCCGUCGAAAAGACCGACCAGAAGAUGUGGGUGUUCAACAAGAACGAAAAGAUGAUGGAGAACCGGACGAUCACCUAUGUUCCCGGUCUCUACAAGAUUUUCGACGAAAUCCUCGUCAACGCCGCCGACAACAGCCAGCGCGACUCGUCCAUGACCUAUAUCAAGGUCACCAUCGACCGUGAGUCCGGUGAGAUUUCGGUCGAGAAUAACGGCAAGGGUAUACCAGUCGAGAUCCACGAGAAGGAGCAGGUCUGGAUUCCCGAGCUGAUCUUCGGCCACCUGCUCACGGGUUCCAACUACGACGAUAAUGAAAAAAAGACAGUCGGUGGCCGUAACGGUUACGGUGCCAAGCUGACCAACAUCUUCAGCAAGCGCUUCACCAUCGAGCUGCAAGACUCGGUCAACGGCAAGCGCUACAAGCAGACGUGGACGGACAACAUGGGCAACAUGGAGAAGGCCAAGAUCACCUCCAACAAGUCUUCGGAUUUUGUCAAAGUCUCCUUUUUGCCCGACUACAAGCGCUUCGGCAUGGAGAACGGCAUCGAUGACGACCUUGAGGCCCUGCUGUACCGCCGUGUCUAUGAUAUGGCCGGUACCGUCAACGGCGUCAAGGUGUACCUGAACGGCGAGCAGCUCAAGAUUAAUUUCAAGUCGUACUGCGAGUUAUAUGCCCGCGCCAUCGCCCGCGAGCGCGGUGACGAGGCCACCGACGGCGACAAGCCGCCUGCCGCCAAGGUCGAGUUUGACCAGGUCCGCGACAAGGGCCGCCUGUGGCAGAUCGGCUUCACCGUGUCAGACGGCACCUUUCAGCAGGUGUCUUUCGUCAACAACAUCGCCACAACGUCGGGUGGUACCCACGUCAACUAUAUCGCCGACCAGAUCUGCGAUGCGCUCGUCAAGGAGCUGAAUAAGCGCAAGAAAGGCCACUCGCUGAAGCCGAGCCACUUCCGCAACCACAUCUUUAUCUUCAUCAACUGCUUGAUCGACAACCCGGCCUUCACCUCACAGACCAAGGAGCAGCUGACCACCAAGGUCAGCGCCUUUGGCAGCAAGUGCCAGCUGAGCGAGCCCUUCCUCAAGAAGAUUCGCCAGUCUGAGGCCAUCGCUAACAUCAUGGCCUUCGCCGACAAGAAGGCCGACAAGAUGCUGGCCAAGAGCGACGGCAACAAGCGCUCGCGCAUCAGCAACGAGAAGCUGGUCGACGCCAACUUGGCUGGCACCAAGCGUGGCCACGAAUGCACGUUGAUCCUGACAGAAGGUGAUUCAGCCCGCGGUCUUGCCGUCGCUGGUCGUGCCGUGCUCGACCCCGACCGCAUCGGUGUCUUCCCGCUCCGCGGUAAGAUGCUCAACGUCCGCGAUGCCUCGAUCGACCAGAUCAUGAAGAACAAGGAAAUCGAGAACAUCAAAAAGUUCCUUGGUCUCAAGCACAAGCAGGAGUACACCGACACCAAGAGCCUGCGCUACGGCCACCUCAUGAUUAUGGCCGAUCAAGAUUUGGACGGUAGCCACAUCAAGGGUCUAUUGAUCAACUUCCUUGAGGUCCAGUUUCCCUCGCUGCUGCGCAUCCCCGGCUUUUUCCAGGAGUUCAUUACGCCGGUCGUCAAGGUCUGGCAGGGAAACAACCCCAAGAAGCCGCAGAAUCUCAAAAUGUUCUUCAACCUGCCCGAGUACGAGCAGUGGAAGGAGGAACACAAGCAUGAGCUGCGCAAGUGGAAGUACAAGUACCUCAAGGGUCUGGGUAGUUCGUCGAACGAGGACGCCCAGGUCUACUUCAAGGAUCUCGACCGGCAUCUGAAGCGGUUCGAAGUAAUGACGGAUGAGGAGUCCAAAAUGCUCGAACUCGUUUUCUCUAAGAAGAAGGCCGACGCCCGCAAGGAGUGGUUGGCUAACUUCGUGCCUGGUACUUACCUUGACUCGACCACGCACACCGUCAAGUACAAGGACUUCAUCGACAAGGAGCUCAUCCUGUUCUCCAUGGCCGAUAACGUGCGUUCGAUCCCGUCCGUAGUUGACGGUCUCAAGCCCGGUCAGCGCAAGGUCGUCUAUGGUGCCUUCAAGCGUAACCUUGUCAACGACCAGAAGGUUGCCGAGUUCGCCGGUUACAUCUCCGAGGUGGCUGCCUACCACCACGGCGAGCAGUCGCUGCAGCAGACCAUCGUUGGUUUGGCCCAGAACUACGUGGGUUCUAACAACGUCAACAUCCUCGAACCUAGCGGCAAUUUCGGUUCGCGUCUCGCCGGCGGCUCGGACGCGGCCAGCGCCCGUUACAUCCACACGCGCUUGUCGCCUUUCGCGCGUAAGGUCUUCUCCAAGCUCGACGAGCCUAACCUUGAGUACCAGUUUGACGACGGAAACAUGAUCGAGCCGAAGGUCUACGUGCCCAUCAUCCCCAUGGUCCUUGUCAACGGUGCGGACGGUAUCGGUACCGGUUGGAGUACUGGAAUCCCUAACUACAACCCCAAGGACAUCGUUGAAAACCUCAAGCGUCGCAUGGGCCGUGACGAGAGCGGUGAUGGUGUCGAGAAGCCCUUCUUGCCCAUGACGCCUUGGUGGCGUGGCUGGAAGGGCCAGGUUCUUCCGGACGGUCCGAACCGUUGGAAGUUUAAUGGUAUCAUCAAGCAAGAUGAGACCAACCCCAACGAGGUGCACGUCACCGAGCUGCCCAUCCGCAUGUGGACCGAUGACUUCAAGGCCCGUCUGGAAGAGAUCCUCCGCGCCGAGAAGACCCCGUCCUUCAUCAAGGAUUACAAGGAGUUCAACGAUCACCGCACGGUGCACUUCGUCAUUGAGAUGGAGCCCAAGCACAUGGAGGCCGCUUUGAAGGAAGGUCUCAUCGAGAAGUUCAAGCUCUCCAAGAUCAUCUCAGCGACCAACCUCGUCGCGUUCGACACCCAGGGCAAAAUCAAGAAGUACGAGAACCCGGAGGAAAUGCUCGAGGAGUACUACCACUACCGCCUGGCCAUGUAUACGGAGCGCAAGAAGCACUGGCUGUCCGUCUACGACGCCGAGUACCGCAAGCUCAAGAACCAGUACCGCUUCAUCCUCGAGAUCAUCGAGGGCAAGCUCGUCAUCAACCGCAAGCAGAAGAAGAUCCUCGUCAAGGAGCUCCGCGACCGCGAUUACGAACCUUUCCCGCCCAACGCAGAAAAAAAGGUCAAGAACACGGACGAGGAGCUCAACCGGGAUGAAGCCAGCAGCGAUGACGAGGACGCUGGUGGUGGUGUUACCGCCCGUGAUUAUGACUAUCUCCUGUCCAUGCCCGUCUGGUCGUUCACCGCAGAACGGCUCGAGAAGCUCAAGGGCAUGAUUGCCGCCAAAAAGGCCGAGUGGAACGAGCUUAAUGCUAAGUCGGAGAAAGACCUGUGGGUGGAGGAUCUCGAUGCCUUUAUGGAAGAGUGGGAGGCCCAGCUGAAGCAGGAUGAGGAGAACUAUCAUAAUGUCACCAAGAAGGGUCGCAGACAGUCGCUCAAGCUUGGCUUGGGCAACGCCAAGGGCGGGCGUCGGCGCGCUGGGGAUGAUGAUGAUGAUGAUGAUUAUAAUCCUGCGGCGAAGAAGGCUAAGACUGCUAAGGCGACUGCGGCGACUAAGGUCAAGCAAGAGAAGGAGGUUAAGGAGGAGAAGAUCGAGCCGAAGAAGACGCAAGAACGGUUUGCGGAGAAGUUUGCUGCCAAGUCGGUCAAGGUUAAGGAUGACUUGUCUGACGAGGAUUUUGCACUGCUGCAAGGCGGGGACAACAAGGUCGCUGUCAAGAAGGAGCCUGGCACCAAGUCGAGGUUUGAGUUGUCCGACUCGGACGAUGAUUUCAUGGACCUAGGCAAGCCUUCUGCUGCAACGGCCAAGAAGGCGGCCGUAAAGGAGGAAGUCGACGGCGAUGACGGCGUCGUGGAGGUUUCCCGCCCUAGGAGGGCGGCGGCCAAGAAGGCUAAGUACACCGCCUCUUCUGAGGAGGAGGAGGAGGAGGAGGAGGAUGACGAGGAUGAUAGCAUGGAAGACUUUAUUGUGGAUGAUGAUGAGGAAGAGGAUGUCGAGGAGAAGCCUGCCGCGGCGGCGAAGAAGUCGUUAGUCUCGAGGAAGAAGGUUCCGUCCGAAGAAGAUGACGACGAGGACUUUGACAUGGAGCUGUCGGAGAAGGAGAAGCCUAAGCCUGCUGCCAAGAAGCCUACCGCUUCAAAGGACAAGGCUAAGGUCGAGGAAGACCAUGAUGACCUCAGCGUCGAGGAAAUCCCCGCUCCUCCCAAGAAGACUGCCUCCUCCAAAACCAAGGACUCCGACGCCUCCGCCGAGUCGGACAAACCCUCCAAGUCUUCCAAGACUCGGAAAGAUGAAGACAGCGACGUCAUCAUGGAAGACGCCAAGCCGUCUCGUCGAGCAGCCGCCAAAGCCAAAGCCCGCUACGUCGAGUCCUCUGACUCCGAGUCCGACAGCGACAAUGACAUGGAUCUAGGAGACGUGGGCUCGCUCGUCAAAGGCAUCGGCGGCGGUUCUUCUGCCGCCGCUUCCAACCGCCUCUCCUUGUUCUCGAUGUCGCGCCCCGAGGAUGGCUCUUUAUCUGCCAAGAGAUUGAAGCCUGCCCGCAAGGAAAGCAAGUCCUCUAAUUUUGCAGAGGAUGAUGAGCACGACGAUACCAACUACGAGGCGCUGGCUAUGAGCUCACCUAGGAAGGGUCCGACUACCGCAGCCGCGGGAAAGAAGCCUGCGGAUGCGCUGGCCGAUUUCUUGUCGGAUGAUGACCUGCCUUCUGCUGCCACGAAACCCUCGGCUUCGUCAUCCACCGGGGCAACAAGCAAAGCCAAGCCCCUGGCAGUCGUCCCCACCCAGCCCAAGAAGAGGGGUCGUCCUCUGGGGAGCAAAAAUAAGCCCAAGGACGAUCCCUCCUCCACCACUACGAAGGCGGCCGCCAAGCCUAAGUUAAAGCAGACUACCCUCUCUCCCGCGGCAAAGGCCUACGCGGCAAAGAAGGCUAAAGCUUCUAUAGACGAUGACGAGUCAGGGGAGGAUGAGUUCGUUGACGCCCCGGCUAGUCCGCCCCCGGCGGCGGCAAAGACUAGGCCUGGCAGGGCGGCGGCGCAGAAGGCGAAGACGACGAUUGUGAUUGAUGAUGAUGAGGAGGAUGAUUCCAUCCUUGCGGGGCCGAGUAAGAAGGGGCCGGGGAGGAAGAGGAGGGAGAGUGAUGAUGUUUUUGGAUUGAGUUCUAGUGAGGAUAGUGAGUAG